CCGGCUCUGCUUCCUCUUCAUACCGUUAUCUGCUCAACUGCUCUGGAAACGUGUUUCAUCUCACGCUGAAAUGAAUCUCCUCGGCGUUACUGCGCUUCUGGGAUUAUUGGUUGGGAUCUGGGCUCAGGUCAAUGUGCUGCGACCUCCCUGCGACUCCCCUGAGGCAGAAGAGGCUGCCAUGGUGGCUCAGGAUUACCUUAAUGCCCAGCACACUCAUUUCUACAAGUAUGCACUGAACAGGAUUGAAGACAUCAAAGUCCUUAAAACGCUCAACGGAGACGACACAUUUGUCGUGGAAGUUGACUUGCUGGAGACAGACUGCCACGUGUUGGACCCCACUCCUGUUGCCAACUGCACAGUCAGGCCUAAACAUCUGACGGCGAUAGAAGGAGAAUGCGACGUGGUUCUAAAGAGGGUUGCCGGUGCUCUGACUGUCACAGCAUUCAAGUGUAAAACAGAGGAAUCAACAGAGGACAUCUGUCUGGGCUGUCCCACUCUGCUCCCCUUGAAUCACACAUUGGCGCUGGACUUUGUCCAGGCCUCCCUGACCAAGCUCAACAACAGGUCUGAAAAUGUAACAUUCACCAUUCUGGAGGUUGGACGAAUAUCUUCACAGAUUGUGGCUGGUGGGCCAAAGUACGCUGCAGAAUAUGUUGUCAUUGAGGCUAACUGCAUCAACGAUACCUGCGUCACCCUAAAUGACUCCAUGGCUACACGUGGAAUUUGUUCUGCUGAAGGUUUGAGCAUUGACCCCACAGUAGACUGCAAGAUGUUUUCCACUCUGAUGCCAGUUUUAGAUGCAAACAGCACCGCAGUUCCAGAGCCGGCUUUGCCACCUCUACUUCAUGUUCACCUCGGCAGUUUGUCGCCCAAACACGGUCUGAGACACCACAAAUUGACGGCUCUCCAUGACCCUCAGCUGAGCGGCCUUUUGUCUGCAGAAUCAGCAGAGUCAGCUGAGGUGGUACCCGUCGCCCCUGCUGUGACUGCUGCUGCGACUAUUGCUGCUGCGACUACUGCUGCCGCACUGGCUGAUCCUGCACAAACUGCUGCCACACUGGCUGAUCCUGCACAAACUGCUGCAGAUAUUUCCUCAGCUUCAGAUGCCUCAGCAAGCGCUGAGAUCCCCAUCUCUGUGGUGAAGAGAGAUGUACCUGCCACCAUAGUUGAUGCCCCUGCAACUCAAAUGGGCCCAGUUUCUCUUGUGCCAGUGUGUCCAGGAAGAGUCAGGUUCUUCUAAGUGUUCAGGUCCCAAAGACUCAACUAUAGUAACUGAUUCAUGAGUAUAUGCUGUGGUAGGCAGAUGUAAAGCCAGUAAACUUAGAUCAAGAUGAUGCAAAAUCUGAAAUUAAAGACUUGUAUCUAAUGCUUCUGAAUAAAAUGUCAAACCAGA